GGAAGACAGGCAGAAGAAGAGCAGCGGAGUUGAAGUCUGAACAUGAGAUAAUGAAAGUUAAGUUACGGAGUGAACAUUAAUAGAAGACAUAAAGCUGUGAAGAGGACUUAGUAAAGGAAAAGCAAAGAUGGAGCUAUGGAGGCAGUGUGCGAUGUGGUUGAUAGAGUGCCGUGUUCUUCCUGAGAACCACCGGGUCACAUGGGAGGGCGCACAGGUGUGUGACUUGGCUCAAGCUCUCAGAGAUGGUGUGUUGCUCUGCCAGCUGCUCAACAACCUGCUGCCUCAGGCUGUCAACCUGAGAGAGAUCAACCUGCGGCCACAAAUGUCCCAGUUUCUAUGCCUGAAAAAUAUCCGGACCUUCCUGGCAAUCUGUCAGGAGAAGUUUUAUCUCAAGAAGAAUGACUUGUUUGAAGCCUUUGAACUGUUCGACGUGCGGGACUUUGGAAAGGUUAUGAACACGUUGUCCAUCCUGUCCCAUUCACACGUCGCUCUACAGAGAGGACUUCAGCCUUUUCCUUUGGAAGGAUGUGCUGCUGAUGAUGAGAUCUACAGCGGCCUUUCCGACCAGAUAGAUGACACGGUGGAUGAAGACGAUGAUUUGUAUGAUUUUGUGGAGGAUGAAGAUAAUGAAGGGGAUGAGAUCUAUGAGGACCUGAUGAGAACAGAGGAGCCACCUGAAACUCAGCAGAAGGUUGGUGUUGACAAACGAGAGUGUUGCCUGCAGGAAAUCCAACAGACUGAAGAGAAGUACACUGCUACACUGGACUCUAUCUUACAGCACUUUAUGAAACCCCUUGAAAAGUUUCUUCAACCUUAUGACAUUGAAAGUAUCUUCAUCAAUAUAAAGGAGUUGGCUAAAACUCAUCACUUGUUGCUGGAAGAUGUUCGAAACUCCAUUUCACAUCUCGGAGCCCAGAAUCUUUACCAGGUGUUCAUUAACUACAAGGAAAGGCUCCUUCUGUACGGCCAUUACUGCAGCCAGGUGGAGGCAGCAAGCAAGCACCUGGACAAAGUAUCGAACGCGAGGGAGGACGUCAGGAUGAAACUGGAGGAAUGUUCAAAGAGAGCAAACAGUGGCCGUUUUUCCCUCAGAGAUUUACUCAUGGUUCCUAUGCAGAGAGUUCUUAAAUAUCACCUGCUGUUACAGGAAUUGUUGAAGCACACCACUGAUGCCACAGACAAGGACAAUCUGAGAGCAGGUCUCGAUGCAAUGAGGGACUUGGCUCAAUGUGUUAAUGAAGUGAAACGAGAUAACGAAGUCAUCAAACAAAUCACCAGCUUUCAGAUGUCCAUAGAGAACCUGACUCAGUCUUUGGCUCUUUUUGGUCGCCCAAAAAUCGAUGGGGAGCUGAAGAUCUGCAGCUCAGAGAAAAGGUCCAAGCAGGACAGGUAUGCGUUCCUUUUUGACAAAGCUGUGGUCAUUUGUAAAAAGAAGAGUGGAGAAACAUUUGAGCUCAAGGAAAUCAUUGAACUGCAUAACUACCAGAUCCGAGACGAAACCACAGGAGAGAAGGACAACAAGAAGUGGUCCUAUCUGUUCCUCUUGUUGGAUUGCUUCGGGAGGUGUGGCUACGAUUUCUACUUCAAAACCAGAGAACUGAAGAAAAAGUGGCUGGAACAGUUUGAGAUGGCAAUGUCAAACAUGUGCCCUGAGAACUCCACUGCAAACAACCACGACUUCCAGAUGUACUGCUUUGAGGAAACAACCUCCUGCAAAGCCUGUGCAAUGCUGUUAAGAGGGACAUUCUUCCAGGGCUACCAGUGCACUCGGUGCAAAAUGGCGGCACAUAAAGAGUGUUUAGGCAGAGUGCCGGGAUGUGGACGAAACUCAGAUCAUUCUGGCAAUAUUAGGAGACAGGAUAAAAGUCACAGAACCUCAGGGAGUUCCAACACAGCAAAGAUGGAAGUGCGUCACGAGUAUUAUGGUGUGCCGCCGCCCCCGGUGGGCUUUGGCCAGCCCCUUCAGCUCUUUAUAGGUGAUAUUAUCGAGCUGAUCCGCGCUGACGUUGACCUGGCCUGGUGGGAGGGAAGAAAUCUGACAGCUGGUCAAGUGGGAUGGUUCCCGUGCCAGAGCGUUAAGCCCUACAUCUCUAGGCCAACCUCAGACCUGUCUGACUUCCUCUGGUUUGCUGGAAACAUGGACCGCGCUGCUGCCAAGAACCUGCUAAUAUCACGUUCUGAUGGAACAUUCCUUGUGAGGCAAAAGGAUGGAGGAGAGUUUGCAAUCAGCAUCAAGUUCAACAUGGACAUCAGACACAUCAAGAUCACCUCCUGUGAGGGCCUCUACCGCAUCAACGACAAGAAGGCAUUCAGAGGUUUAGUCGAAAUGAUUGAAUUCUACCAGAAGAAUUCUCUGAAGGAAUACUUUAAGGAUGUGGACACGACGCUGCGUAUCCCUUUUAAACAGCCAGAGCAAAGCAACUCGUCUAACAACACACCACACACAACCUCAGAGGAUGUCAGCGACGGUCUCCGGGACAACAGUCAUUACUCAAAUGGAUGAAGGACAAGACAAUGUCUGAGACAAAAAAGACAAAACUCAGGCAGAAUGUUAAGGUUGCACGUCUGACAAGCUGAUACCAGUGACUACAAAGAAAAAUAAUAAUAAUAAUAUGAAAUGUAAUUUUUAUCAGCUGAAACCUUUAUGUGGUUUUUGUCUGUUUUCUCAGGUCAGCAGGAUUAAAUCUGCAAUUUUAGACAUGAAACUGCAAAUAUUUAUUUUAUAAACUUUGUUGUACAUUUCAAAAAUGGAUGUAUUACAGUUUGUGUAUUUAUUUUUUCAAUGUUUUAUUAUUAUUAUUAUUAUUAUUAU